UUUUCAAGAUGGCAGCCCCCUGUAAAAGAAUUCCCUUGAUUGUCAUUCUUGGAGCUACAGGCACAGGGAAGUCAAAAUUGGCAAUAGAAAUUGGCAAAGCUUUAUCCGGCGAGAUAAUUAGUGCGGAUUCUAUGCAAAUAUACAAAGGAUUGGAUAUUGUGACAAACAAGGUUACUGCAGCUGAGCAAGCUCAAUGUCCACAUCAUAUGAUAAGUUACCUCAGUCCUAUACAAUAUGCUCAUACAGUUAUUGAUUUUAGAAAUAAAGCUUUACCAAUUAUUGAUAGAUUAAUUAAAGAAGAUAAGAUACCUAUUAUAGUAGGUGGUACUAAUUAUUAUAUAGAAGCUCUACUCUGGAACUUUUUAAUUAACAAACAGGAUGUUGACAAAGCCAAGACAAGGGCCAGUAGCGAUUCAGAUAGUGACAGUGAUGAAAAAUCAAGAGAGUCCAGCAACUUGAUGGCAAGUGAUGAUAAAGAACCAAUUAGUCGCAAUAAAGGGGAAGAAGAAAUAUAUACAAACAUAGAGACCAGUCAAUUAUAUAAACUGUUAGAAGAACAAGAUCCAGAAUCCGCUAGAAAACUACAUCCACAUAACAGAAGAAAAAUUAUAAGAGCCUUAGAGGUACAUAGAGAUUAUGGAGUUAAAAUGAGUGUAAUUCAUGAUGCUCAACAUGAAGGUACUGGUGAAGAUAAACGUGGUGCCUUACGUUAUCUAGAUCCAUGCGUUAUAUGGAUCAAAUCUGAUAUCAAUGUAUUAUAUGAAAGAUUAGAUACACGGGUUGAUGCAAUGAUUGAACAAGGUUUAUUAAAAGAGCUUGAAGAUUUCCAUAAGCAGUAUAAAAAAUUAACAUUAGAAAAUAAAAGAAAAUUAGAUUUUGAAUUGGGAAUUUUCCAAACUAUUGGUUUUAAAGAAUUCCACAAUUAUUUAAUAUUAGAUGAUGAAGACAAACAGACAAAGAAAGGGAAACAACUCUUAAAAGAAGGUAUUGAUGAUUUAAAGAGAGUAACGAGACAGUAUUCACGUAGACAGAUACGAUGGAUCAACAAUCGUUUCUUGAGAAAAGCUGGUAAAAAUGUUCCUCAUGUAUAUAGGGUAGAUUCUACAGAUGUUAGUCAGUGGGAUGAAUUAGUUUAUAAACCAGCCAUACAUAUAGUCAAAUCAGCUAUACAGGGUGUAAAACCAGAUAUAGAACCAGAGCCAUAUCAAGAUAAAGAUACAACACAAUAUCAGUAUAAUACAUGUCAUAUUUGUGAUGGUAAAGUUUUUGUUGUUAAAUUUGAAUGGGAAGCUCAUUUAAAUAGUCGUAAACAUAAGGCAAUGGUAGCUAAAAGAAAGAGAGAAACUAUGGCAUCACAUCCUCUAGAUAAAAGAUAUAAGAAAACAGAGGAAGUUCAGAGUUGAUGAAGGACAGUUUUAAUAGAUUUUAUUAAACAAGGUCAAUAUGUAAUUAACAAGAAAAAUCUGAAUAUGUUCAAGAACAGUA